GUGACCGGGAAGCAUUCCUGCCCUGGGAGGAGGUUCAAUGCCCUGGAAGAAAGGACAGCAGAUCCCACGCAACCAGAACAAAGGUGCCUGGGAGUGUUCCUGGGCUCAAGCUCUUCUCACAGAGGGAGGGACGGAACAGACAGCAGACACCAUGGAGUCCCGCUCAGCCCCUGUGCACAGAGGGUGCGUCCCCCGGCAGGGGCUCCUGCUGGCUGCCUCACUCUUAACCUUCUGGAGCCUGCCCACCACUGCCCAGCUCAGUAUUGAAUCAGUGCCACCCAAUGCUGCCGAAGGGAAGGAUGUGCUUCUCCGAGUCCACAACCUGCCAGGGUUUCUUGGAGGUUAUGUCUGGUUCAAAGGGGAAAGUGUGGACAGCAACCAUCAAAUUGCAUCAUAUAUAAUAGAUACUCAAAAAAUACACCCAGGACUUGCAUACAGCAGUCGAGAGACAAUAUACCCCAAUGGGUCCCUGCUGUUCCGGAACGUCACCCUGCAGGAUACAGGGUACUACACUCUACUAGCCAUAAGGAAAACUUUUCAAGGUGAAAUAGUAACCGGACAGCUCCGUGUAUACCAGCCAGUGGGGAAGCCCUCCAUCCGAGCCAGCAAUGCCACAGUCACAGAGCACAAGGACGCCGUGGUCCUGACCUGCCUCACAAAUGACAUGGGGAUCUCCAUCCGGUGGCUCUUCAAGAACCAGAGUCUCCUGCUCACGGGCAGGAUGAAGCUGUCCCGGGACGACAGCGUCCUCACCAUAGACCCCGUCAGGAGGGAGGACGCUGGGGGUUAUCAGUGUGAGGUCUUCAACCCCAUCAGUUCCAGCAAAAGUGAGCCCCUCAGGCUGGAUGUGUAUUAUGGGUAACCCUCCUCCCCUCCUCUAUGCUAUUAAAUUCUGAAUAAUUUUUUUCUUUUUAAAAAAUAUAUUUUUAUUGAUUCCA